AUGCUGGCGUCUGACUCUCAAACGACAAACGAGCUGAAAUCUCUACAGAAUGAUGAAAAUCGAGCAAUCACUUAUACUAGAGAAACGAUGCAGUAUGCAAACGUAUCAGAUGCACAAGCCAAGUGUGCUUGUUUUGGCAGUUGGGUUGAUGGAGGUCAAAGGAGGUCCUCUACUCGAGCUGCUAUAGAAAGCAGUGAUUUGUUUGUACUACGUAGUCCACCUAAUAGCAAUUCGUACGAACACAUGUGCUGCUCUUUGUAUUGCAAAUGUGUGGGACAGAAUUUAUCUUUGGACUCAUUGAUCUGUAGACAGUCUGCAUUCACACAAGAGCAUAUCGCAGGUUUUGGUGUCAGCAAUGAACUGCAGUUUUUGGCUAGCCAACGAGAUUUUGUUUUCGAUUGUAAGGCAAGUCAAACUAUCAUUGUGAAGAUGAAGGGCACUUUUAGAAACCAGACUGAAACAAUACAGCACAGAGCUGAGAUCAAUGCACAUGAGCUAACUGCGUCAGAAUACAUUCAACGUCAGUUUGUUAUUCCUAUCAACAAUAUCUCCUUGACAAACUUGGAUUGCACCGUAAAAUUCUUUCAAGAUGGUUAUGAGGACAGGGCAGUCACGUUGCUCGCUUCUCUUCCACUAUCGAGAUCCAAUGAAGGUGACAGCAGAAAGGUCUUCGUAAACGACUCUAACAACGCUAUGAUUAGUUUGGGAUCGAUGACAAUCAAUAAUUUACACGAAUAUCGUACAGUGGAAACGGUUGGAGCAUCAUCACAAGGUACAUCUGAUCCGUGCAGCUCUUCGUCUCAUGACACUCUUUGACGGUAAUCAUGUACCGGACAAGGUUUGGGACUGCCACCCAGCCCUUUAGUAUUAGUGCAAGUAUUGAUAGUCACGAAUACGUGUAUGUAUUCCACUAACUGUAAACAUGUAUUAUUGUGCAUUCUAUUUAGUGGUAUGUACCUAUGUAUCUAUGUAUGUAUUAGUGG